AUGCACGUUAGUCGCAAGGAACAUUUGAGACGGCAUUUGUUGUCGCACUCGGGAGAAAAGCAUCAUGUUUGUUGGGUGCUAGAAUGUGGCCGCAAAUUCUCCCGGAAUGAUAACCUCAAUGUUCACUACACCAAGACACACUCCAAACGGUCUGGGCGCAACCGCUAUGUUGCCACUCUGGAUAAUACAAGUCCUUAUUAUGAUCCGAACUUUCGCGGCGAACUCACACCUGAUGGAAAUCCGGUCUUAGCUAACCGUGAGCCCUAA